AUGGAGCCGCCAACUAAGAGGUCGCGCAAGUUGCUUGAAGAGGAUUCGUCCAGUGACUCUGAAGAUGGGGCUGGCGGAGUCUCACUCAAAAUUAACGAGGACUAUGCUCGCCGUUUUGAGCACAACAAGAGGAGAGAGGAGAUGCAGCAGCUCGAAGCGAAGCUAGGCAAGUCCGAGGACGAGGAAUCCUCCUCAGAAGACGAGGACGAAGACGACGAUGCAGAACUCGCUACCGAAGCGGUGGACGCUGAGAUCAUGGAAACUAUCAAGGCGAUCCGGUCAAAAGACCCCCGAGUAUACGACGCGAAUGUCAAAUUCUAUCAUUCUCUCGACGACAGCGCGGGACCGCAGAAACGGGAGGAAAAGCAGAAGCCCAUGACCCUCAGAGACUACCACCGAGAAAACUUGCUUAGCGGUGCCAAUGCUGCUGAGGAUGAGUUGGAUGCUCCCAAGACAUAUGCACAGGAACAGGACGAACUGAAGAGCGCUAUCGUCAAGGAAAUGCACGCCGCUGCCGAUGGAGAGGAGUCAGGGUCUGACGAGGAUGAAGAUGAAGGAUUCCUUGUUCGCAAGUCGGCACCUGAACCCGUCUCAGAAAGCAAAGGCGUCCCCGAAAUCGAUGUCGAUAAUGCGGAUAAAGACCCCGAAACAUUUCUUUCCAACUUCAUGUCGUCCAGGGCUUGGCUACAGCAUGGCAAGUCUCUUCAGCCAUUCGAGUCGGAUGACGAAGAAGAGGAUGAGCGGGCAGAAGCCUGGGAGGAGGCAUACAACUUCCGAUUCGAGGAUCCCAGCAAGUUGAACAACCAGUUGAUUACUCACGCCCGUGAUACGACCAACAAGCAGUCUGUUCGCAGAGAUGAAGUGAGCGGCCGAAAGAAACUCAGAGAGGCCGCUCGGGCAAAGAAGGAGGAGGAAAAGAAGCAGCGCGAGACGGAAAAGAACCGGCUUCGCAAGCUGAAAAUGGCGGAGCUGCAGGAGAAGGUCGAGCAGAUCAAAGAAGUUGCGGGUCUCCGCGCCUCCGAGCUUACCGAUGAAGACUGGGUUAAGUUCUUGGAUGCUUCCUGGGACGACAAGGACUGGGAGGAAGAGAUGCAGAAACGCUUCGGUGACAACUACUACGCCGGUGAUGAUGCUGCUGGCAGUGGAGAUGAAGCGGAUGGCAAGAAGAAAAAACCGAAGAAGCCCACUUGGGAUGAUGACAUUGACAUCAAAGACCUGGUACCCGACUUUGAGGACGACGAACAGCCCACCGCUGAGUUGUCCGACGUCGAAAUGGAAGAUGAUGAAGGUGCAAAUAAGAAGAGCAAGGCACAGGAACGCCGAGACCAGAAGCGUGAAGCCCGCAAGGACAAGAUGCGCAUCGAAGAAGCGUUGGACCGUAACCUGGAUCUCGAUAUUUCACUCCUCCCCGGCACUACAAAGAGAAACGACUCUGGCUUCCGCUACCGUGAGACAUCUCCUCAGGCUUUCGGUCUGUCCGCCUUGGACAUUCUAAUGGCCGACGAUACGCAGCUCAACCAAUUCGCUGGACUGAAGAAGUAUGCUGCUUUCCGUGAAGAUGAGAAGAAGCGACGGGAUCAAAAGAGACUAGGCAAGAAAGCUCGGCUGAGGCAAUGGCGCAAGGAUACAUUUGGAGAUGAAGAGGGUCCGAGGGAGUCUAUGUUUGGCAACGCGAAGCCAUCUGCUCCGGAGCAAGACGAUGCUGAAGAGAAGGUUGAUAUCCGUGAAGGGGAGCCUCGGAAGAAGAAGAGAAAGAGGUCAAAGAAGCAUUGA